CCAUUUCGCCAGCGCCACCUGAGGAUUUCCUGAAGCCGCCCCACCCACCCACCCACCCCCGCGAUGGAAGACGAUCAGGAGCUGGAGAGGAAAGCCAUCGAGGAAUUGCUAAAGGAGGCAAAGCGUGGGAAAACCAGAGCAGAGACGAUGGGGCCCAUGGGCUGGAUGAAGUGUCCUCUUGCUGGUACAAAUAAAAGAUUCCUAAUUAACACAAUUAAGAACACAUUGCCCUCCCAUAAAGAGCAAGACCAUGAACAAAAAGAGGGCGGUAAGGAGCCUGGGAACAGCCAAGACCAGAAGGAGACAAGUGGGAAGAAGCACAGAAGCCACGCCUACAAGCGCAGCCUCCACUCGGCCCGCGGCUCGGUGGGCUGCUCUCCCCCAAGGAAGCGGGCCUCCCGGGACAAGUGCGACCCGCGGCCGAGCAGGCGAUGAGAUGGAGACGGGCCAGCCCAGCCCUGCACCUGCCACUGGGACAGCAAGGAGGAGGGGAGGUGGCGGGCUGGCACCUGAGAGUGACUUUCUCCGUGGGUCCUUUGUUCUAAGGUGGCUGUUGGUACUGUGUUGUUGUUCUUAUUGCUGUUAUUGUUGUUAACAGGAAAAGAAAACUUUACUAAAACAAAUCUUACCUACCUUCUCCUGAAGGCGUGGCGGGGAGAGCAAGCCGAGACCGCACUGCCCCGCGCGUCCACGUUGCCCUCAUCCUACCUUACUCGCAAGUUCCUUUUAAAACAAGCAGUUUUAGAAUUUGAGAUUUUGAGGUUGUUAAAAACUCCUAGUUUUUUGAUGUACUGCACUUUUGUGGUCAUUUCCCAGAAUUUCUCAAAAAAAUAAAUAAAAUACUUAGAAACGC